AUGGGUUUGCUCGACCGGACCGAUACCACGGCCGCACAGAUAACCGGCGUGAAGCAACCAAAGCGUGGUGUGUCGCCGUGUGUUAGUGAAGAGUGUCAUUUGAUGUGGGACGUGGGAUCGGCACCAUGCAGGGGCUCCAUGCCGCGAAGGAGAAAGCCUCGGGGCUCUUUGCCAACAAGCCCCUUCUGUUCAACUGGAAUAACAAGAGCAUUAGAAAUGAGUGCCAUCCCCAUUGGUAAAGUAAACUAUGCCGAGUUAAUCGUGUCGUCAUCUCGGGAGAUCGAUAGAUCGGGUGCCGCCGUGAUGUCUGUCCGUCGGGACGGCGCGGCGCCCGCCGACGGCUAG